AUGGGUGGAUUAACAGGAUGCAAUGACCCAGUCAAGUCAAUAAGAGACUAUACUAAGCAGGCCGAAAUAAGGAAGUCGUGGCCUUCAAAAAUCAGAUCCGAAAACGCAACGAUUUCCUUCGACAAUAAUGACCUAGAAGGUUUGGAUCUGCCUCACAACGAUCCCCUGGUCGUCGAACUAUUGAUCAGCGAAAGCGAGGUCACAAAAAUUUUGAUCGACACCGGAAGUUCGGUAAACGUGAUCUUCAGGAACGUCCUGGCACAAAUGGAGAUCGGAGAGAGUGAUGUCAAGCCAGAAUGCCAUUCUUUGACCGGUUUUGAUGGGGAUCAUAUCAUGUCAGUCGGCACCAUCGAUCUGCCAAUUUUCAUGGGAAGCAUGAUCAGGUAUUUCAGGUUCGCCGUCAUCGACAUGCCGACUAUCUACAACGUAAUCCUUGGGACCUCGUGGAUCCAUGAGAUGAAAGCAGUACCAUCGACGUAUCAUCAGUGCGUCAAAUUCCCAACCCCGAAAGGUAUAUAUACGCUGCGCGGAAACCAACAGAGUGCAAGAGCCUGCUUCCUGAUCGAACACAGGAUUCGCACAGGAAAGAAGUUAUAG